UCCAAGAUGCUCGCCACGACGAUGGUGUUGCUGGUGCUAACACUGCUAUUAUUAUUAUAUACAAGCUGUCGCAAACCAAAAGGAUACCCGCCAGGUCCAAAAUGGUGGCCUAUUCUAGGCUGUGCAUUAGAAGUAGCGCGUCUCCGCCAGGAGACCAAAUAUCUCUGCAAAACGUGCUCGGCGCUAGGCAAGAAGUACGGGCCCGUGGUGGGUCUAAAGAUCGGCACGGAUCGCAUUGUUGUCCUGAACGAUCUGGAGAACAUACGGGCGAUGUUGAAUAACGAGGAUUGCGACGGUCGGCCGACCGGACCUCUGUACGAGGCGAGAACUUGGGGCGCCAGACGAGGUCUCAUCGUUGUAGACGGGCAGCUGUGGGUGGAGCAACGGCGAUUCGUCCUGCGGCACUUGAAGGAGUUCGGCUUCGGUCGCAACAGCAUGGCCACGAUCAUCGAAAACGAGGCUCUGAUGUUGGUGGAACAUUUCAAAAAACUGCUGCAGGACGGCUACGGGAUCGUUAAUGCCCGAAAACUUAUGACGGCGAAUACGACAAUGGUGAAAAACAACGGUCAAAUAUAUAAGCUGCAGAAGGACCCGAAGGAUAAACUGAAGGACAAGUCGCAGCUGUGCGACAAAUUCGGCGUGAUCGAGGAGAAAACUGCCACUCGCAAGACUCAGACGGCGGCGGAUUUGUACAUGAAGGUUGAAGACUACACGGACAUCAAGAAACUCUCCCAAUCGACGGGCGUGAUCGUGUCUAUGAACGACACGUUCGGUGUGACCGUUCUGAACACACUCUGGCAGAUGAUGGCUGGCAAAAGAUUUGACACCGACGACAAGCAGCUCAAGUACCUACAGCGAAUCCUAACGAAGCUCCUGGAGGAGAUCGACAUGAUCGGCGCGCCUUUCAGUCACUUUCCACUGUUGCGCUUCAUCGCGCCGGAAAUGUCGGGCUACAAACUGUUUGUAGAAACACACCAAGAGUUGUGGACAUUCUUGAAAGAGGAAUUGUACAAUCAUAAGAACACAUUCAUACCAAGCGCGCCGCGAGAUUUGAUGGAUGUCUACCUGACUGUGCUAGAUUCGAAAGAUUACAGCAAGACAUUCUCAGAAUCUCAGCUAUUGGGGAUCUGCGUCGAUCUUUUCAUAGCUGGUUCCGAAACGACAUCAAAAGCACUCGGCUUUGGAUUUUUGUACCUGUUAUUGUUCCCGCAUGUUCAGAGGAAAGCGCAGGAAGAACUAGACAGAGUCCUCGGCGACAGAUUUCCCACGUUGGCCGAUAGAUCCAAAAUGCCAUAUGUCCAAGCUGUCGUCUUGGAGACUAUUAGGAUAUUCAUGAGCCGCACCUUGAAUGUUCCACAUAGAGCCCUGAGAGACACUUAUAUUAACGGCCAUAAAAUACCAAAGGACACAAUGCUUAUUGUGAAUUUCGACGGGGUGCUCAUGGACGAGUCCUGGGGUGAUCCAGAAAAUUUUCGGCCGGAGAGAUUCCUCGACAGCAAUGACAACAUUGUUACACCAGAAAAAUACUUCCCUUUCAGUAUCGGCAAACACCGCUGUCUGGGAGAGGUGUUAGCUAAAAGCAACAUCUUUGUCAUAACAGCUGCCCUGCUGCAAGCGUUCACUUUUUCCGUGGUUCCCGGCGAGCCGCAACCAUCCACGCAGGAGUUCGUCGAUAGUGUCACGGGCGGUCCCAAACCGUAUAGAGCGUUAGUUACCCUGAGAAAAUAACU